AGGAGGAGGAGGCUCUGGGAGAGAAGAGGUCUGGAGCCCAAAGGAUGGAGAGCCAGGGAGCCAGCCCAGCCGCCCAGCAGCCCCCCGGCCCUGCUGCAGCCAAGGGGGCCUCCCUCCGGGGAAGGCUCUCCAGGCAACUCAAGCGCCAUCCAGGACUUAUCCCCCUCAUUGGCUUCAUUGGACUCGGACUGGGCAGCGCUGCCCUCUACCUUUUGAGGUUGGCCAUCUACAGCCCUGAUGUGAGCUGGGAUAGAAAGAACAAUCCUGAACCAUGGAAUAAACUGAGUCCCAAUGACCAGUACAAGUUCAUGGCUGUCUCCACGGACUACAAAACCCUGAAGAAGGAUCGCCCAGACUUCUGACGGUAUCAGGCCAUCCUUGGCCAUGCCCAAAGGACCACUUGAUUUGCCGCUCUGUGUGGCCAUAUUUCUUGCCUCUUGGUGGGCCACUAAGUGCCAUUCACUUCAGUUGUGUGCAUGCCAAAGCUAGUGUUGUUGUUGUUACUGCUACUGCCGACGUGUGAUUUGCAGCACCAGUGAUUGCCAAGAAAACAUCAACAGCCCAUCCAGCAAGAAACAGAGCAAAAUAUUAACCUGUGUUAUCUCUGCAAAAUGCCCCUGUGUGUUACAGUAACUACAAACAGCUCAUUUAUUAAAGUGGGGAGUGGGGGGAGGGGGAGGAAAUAAGAAAGUGAAGGAAAGAAAGCUUGCUCCCUUUGGGUCUUAGCGAGGCUUUUCGUUUCAGUAUUUUCCAAUCUCAUUCCUGUGAAUAUCCCUAACUCCCACCCCACUAUUUGUAGCAUUUCCUGUCUCCCACACUCAGUUACCAUUCCCAUGGAGAAUGGACAAUGCCAGGAGGUAGAUUCCAGAGGUGAAAAUGCCAGCUGAGGUCUGAAGGGAAACACCAUCCAUGCAAGAAUAGAUUGGAAUGAGUGGGGGAAAGUCAAACAAAAGAGGCAGCACCAUAUGGCAAGUGCUGUGGAACCAAUUUCAGAAAACCAAUCUUUAGUAACAGUUUUGGGGGAGGACAUUAGAUGGCAUCUUCAUUUGCUUCUGUGCUUGGGCAGUUGCAUUGUUAUGCUUAUGUAUCUCACUAUUAUUAUACAGACAUCUGAAGAGCA